AUGGACAAAGAAUGGAAGCCAGCUUUGGAGUGGGUAUUUGGAAGUAGUAGCAAGGCCAUGUCUGAACAGAAAAAAAGAAAAGUAGAGACCAGUAAUGAUCCCAAUGUAUGGCUGAAGUGGUAUCAUGAACUAAGUGAUGAAAGUGAUCUGAGUGAAAGCUCUAAGGAUGAAGAUGAAAGUGACAAAGAGGAAGAAAAUAUACUGACAGAGAGUGAGCAUAAUACAGAAUCGGAACAAGAGGUUGCGGAAAGUGAAGGAGUUGAAAGUGACGAAGACGUGCCUUUAGAUUCUUCUAGUUUCUACAUUGGGAAGGACAAAAUAACGAAAUGGAGAAAAGCGAAUCCUCCAAGAAAUGUGAAAACAAGGUCCCAUUAUUCAUUUACCAGGACCCAAAGGUCACUGACCGAGGAUGCUGAAGAGAGGGGCGAAACGCAAGGGGUGCCAAAACAGGCGAAAGCUUUCUUCGUCCUGGCACUGUCGAAAUUCGUGAUAAACCGUCCAGCCUGCUCGUUGAUGAGAGGCAAUUUGCAGCAAUCAAUCCUAAAUAGUACCCGCCGCGGCAGUUUCGGCUGA